AUGGAAGGCGAAACGGGGGACCCUACAUCACCCAGUCCUUCCAAUACUUACUCCGCAGUGCUUGAUAAAGCUCAUGCAGAUACGCCUCCAGCGGUAGGAGGAGGGGGCAAAGAACUGCACAA